AUGGUCAACCCCGUGACUAGGAGCAAGACGCAGAGGGGCAGCAUGUCGCGCAGGAGCGUGGGCCUGUGGCGGGAGCCGGGCGCAUGUCAAAUACAGUGUCACGUUUGCGAAGCGUACGACAACUUCAAUUGCUUUAAUCCAGUCACCUGUGACCAACAUGAGAUCUACUGUGUCACCGCUGCCGUGCGAGUUCUCGUGCGUUUCAUCUACGUCACGCGGCAGUGCGCGAAGUCCUGUCCCGUCAUUCCUGUCCAGGAAGUGGUGGUCAGGCCGUUCGUGCUCGUGAAGCCCAUGCCUUUCCUGUUCGCCAUGUGCUGUCGGUCAAGCCUGUGCAACAUCCACUCGCCGUUCAUCAACGACACAGAGCUAGACUACAGAGGAGCCGGCCACACGGGCGGCGGCCGCGCGGGGCUGGUGCUGCUCCUGGCGCUCGCCGCUGCGUCGCUGGCCCUCGGACUGUGCUGA